GAAGCUGCGAGGAGGAAACAGAGUUGGAGCCAUUCCUGAAAGAAGCCGUGGCACUGCUAAGAACAGAGAUGGCCAGCUGGCAAGGAAGCAACAGUUCCGUCAGCAGCAAUGGGACAGAUUUAACAAUUGGAUUCACCUCAUCAGCAAUUGCAGUUCUCUUAUUUGGAUCAAACUUUGUACCCAUUAAGAAAUUUGAUACUGGUGACGGGAUGUUCUUCCAGUGGAUUCUCUGCACUUCUAUCUGGAUUGUUUCAUUAAUCGUCAACCUUAUUCAGAAUUGCCCUAGAUUUUGGCCUCUUGCUAUGGUUGGGGGCUUUUUAUGGGCUACAGGCAGUGUAACAGUCGUCCCCAUUGUUAAAACCAUUGGGCUGGGCCUUGGGCUCUUAAUCUGGGCUUCUUUUAAUUUGCUAGCUGGCUGGGCAAGUUCAAGGUUUGGUUGGUUUGGAAUUGAUCCCGAAAUGGUAGCAAACCCAGUCUUAAACUAUGUUGGAGCUGGACUUUCAGUGUUAAGCACUAUCCUGUUUUUUUUUGUAAAAACUGAUGUUCAGAACUCAUCAGAAAGCACUCCAUUACUAAGAGAACAUUCAAUCAAUACUUCUGGACAUAGGAAUGAAAACCAGAAUGAUGUAUCAUGGGUAGACAGUCUUUCUCCACUGGGAAAGAGAAUCGUAGGCUGUUCCCUGGCUGUGAUAGCUGGAAUACUGUAUGGUUCUAGUUUUGUACCUGUGCUUUACAUCAAGGAUCAUGGCAGAAGAAAUGGAACGACAUAUACAGGAGCGAGUCAGUUUGAUUUAGAUUAUGUUUUUGCACACUUUAGUGGCAUCUUUCUUACAAGUACCAUUUACUUUUUGAUCUACUGUGCAGCAAUGAAAAAUCACCCUAAAGUGUAUCCUGAAGCCAUAAUCCCAGGAUUUGUUUCUGGCUUAUUGUGGGCAAUAGCCAAUUGCUGUUGGUUCCUAGCAAAUCAUUACCUCAGUGCUGUGGUCAGUUUUCCAAUAAUCACUUCGGGCCCUGGCUUUAUAGCUGCAAUGUGGGGAGUCCUGGUUUUUAAAGAAAUAAAGGGCCUGAAAAAUUACAUUUUACUCUCAAUAGCCUUUUGCAUUAUUUUGGCUGGGUCACUAUCAACAGCUUUUUCUAAAGUCUGAAAACCAUCAUUUGAACCAACAGAUGGCAGCACUAGUAAAGACAUUUAAGAUAUGCUGGAAGACUGUAUAUUUUCUUGGAUCACAAAUACCAUCACUUUCACCAGUGAGGUAGCCUGUAAAUCAAGAAUUUUCUGCACUAAAUGCAGAUCCUUUCUCUGUGUUUGGAGAAAUAAGAGGAAAUCUUUUAAUGCUUAAAGGUUGGGCUAUCAUGGAAUGAAAUCUGACUCAGAAUGAUUCUCUAAAGUGAUGUUGGUUAAUUAUUUGGGGAUGAGUGCUUAUUGUUCACUUUGCAAGGAAGUAGAAUCUACCGUAUGUUAUUGCAUAUGACAUCUUUAUUUUUCAUACUUACAGAGGGCUUCUUACCAAUUAUUGCUGUCACUGUACUGAUAGUUUUUCCGAUACCUGGAUUGGAGGCUGCUUCCAGUUCCCUUGAGUUUGAGGAUUGCUUUCAGAACAGGAGCUCACAACGUGGUUCUUUGAAUCAUAGCCAUAAUCUGCAGUCCGUGUUAAACAACAAUUCCUUCGUGCAGGAGCACAUUACUAAGAGCAAGCAGCGCAUUUGCCAAAGGCCCAUAGUACAGUGAUAGAACACACUGGUUCGGGCCAAAAUAGCUUUUUCACUCCAUUGUGCUCAUUUAUCUUUCUUACUACAGCUUCCAUCUCACAUGGCUUUUUUUUCCCAUGCAAAUCUCAUGUUCCCACCAUAUAGGGUUGCCAGUUCUGGGUUGGGAAAUACCUGAAGAUUUUGGGGGUGGAGUCUAGGGAAGGUGGGAUUUGAGGAGGGGAGGGACUUUUAGCAGAGUAUAAAGCUAUAGAAUCCACCCUCUGAAACAGCUGUUUUCUCCAGGGAAACCAGUCUUGGUCAUCUGGAGAUCAACUGUAAUAGUGGGAGAUCUCCAGGAGCCUCCUGGAGGUUGACAGCCCUAACACCAUAGCCUUUUAGCAGUUAAAAUUGGACCUCUCAUUCCCUUUUCAUCAAUGGAAAAGCUGGUUGAGUCCAGCCAACGCUUUGUAAUCCUAAAGUCCCAGGUUUAGUGUUUCAUAUGUCCAAUUACAGGAUUUCUGGUAGCAGGGUUGGGAAAUACUUUAAAGUGCUGCAAGUCAUACUGGGAACAAUCAGCCUUUUAUUUCAGCAUAAUGAAGCUUCAUCUGAUGUUAGUAUACCCCCAUUACUAAAAUGGGACAGCAGUUCUACAUCUUCCUUUUCCUACCUAUAAAAUAGCCAUAGGCAUAUGCAGUGCUCAUGGACUAUGGUAUCAGUUCUCUUUUAAGAGCACGUCUACUUAAUCUUUUCUUUUAUAAUGUAUGAUUUUAAUGUGAAUUUUGUCGCUAUUGUAUGUUAAUGUCCAUUUUUUCUUUAGGUUAAGGUCAUUUAUGUGAUUUGUUUAGUUGAACUUUGAUCAAGAGCAUUGUUGUAUAAGCUGUUUUAAUUUAAUGGAUUUCUUGUUUGAGAGAGAAUUUUGCACAAUCAAUUAAAAUUUUAUAUAUAUAUAUUGAGAAGCCUGAGGUGCUCCCUGUAAAAACUGGAUUUUUUCAUGUAUCCUAGAAUUAAAAAUCCAUAAAUUUGAUUGCUAAAAA